CCAGCUGCCCGCCGGAAGCUCAAGCCUGUCUGUGUUUAUCUCGUUGGAGAGCUAGGCGUCGGUUGGCACGCUACGGGUUCUAGGCUGCAGGCAGCGCGAGGACCCGCGACCCCACCCCGGCCCGGCCUGGCAGUUUCCAGUUCUGGCAGCAUACCAGGCACAGCUGUCAAAGGAACUCUUCAUGCCUGUGGGGCCCUGGGUGACCCCAGGGACAGCGGCUCAGCUUGACAAGAACUCCCUGUGAGGGGCUAAUCAACUAUGGUACCAGAGGUGACAGGCCGUGCCGGGGGGGUAUGUUGCUGUGACCAGUGGCCCAGGGGAUGUUACGGUGGACGGUCCAUCUGGAGGGAGGGCCACGCAGGGUGAACCAUGCUGCAGUGGCUGUUGGGCACCGGGUGUACUCCUUUGGGGGUUACUGCUCUGGUGAAGACUAUGAGACGCUUCGACAGAUAGACGUUCACAUUUUCAAUGCAGUGUCCUUGCGUUGGACAAAGCUGCCCCCAGUGAGGCCAGCCAUCCGAGGGCAGGCUCCUGUGGUUCCCUACAUGCGGUAUGGACACUCAACCGUCCUCGUCGAUGACACAGUCUUCCUUUGGGGCGGGCGGAAUGACACGGAAGGAGCCUGCAAUGUGCUCUACGCAUUUGAUGUCAAUACUCACAAAUGGUCCACACCCCGAGUAUCAGGAGCAAUUCCUGGAGCCCGGGAUGGACAUUCUGCUUGUGUCCUUGGCAAGAUUAUGUACAUUUUUGGGGGCUAUGAGCAGCUGGCAGAUUGCUUUUCCAAUGACAUUCACAAGCUGGAUACCAGCACCAUGACAUGGACCCUUGUUUGUACAAAGGGUAACCCUGCACGCUGGAGGGACUUCCACUCCGCCACCAUGCUGGGCAAUCACAUGUAUGUCUUUGGGGGCCGUGCUGACCGCUUCGGGCCAUUCCACUCCAACAAUGAGAUUUACUGCAAUCGCAUUCGUGUCUUUGACACCAGAACUGAAGCCUGGCUGGACUGUCCCCCUACACCAGUGCUACCUGAGGGGCGCCGGAGCCACUCAGCCUUUGGCUACAAUGGGGAGCUGUACAUCUUUGGUGGCUAUAAUGCAAGACUGAACCGGCACUUCCAUGACCUCUGGAAGUUUAACCCUGUGUCUUUUUCCUGGAAAAAGAUUGAACCAAAGGGAAAGGGACCAUGUCCCCGCCGUCGCCAGUGCUGCUGUAUUGUUGGUGAUAAGAUCGUCCUCUUUGGGGGUACCAGCCCAUCUCCUGAGGAAGGCCUGGGAGAUGAAUUUGACCUCAUAGAUCAUUCUGAUUUACACAUUUUGGACUUCAGUCCUAGUCUGAAGACUCUGUGCAAACUGGCGGUGAUUCAAUAUAACCUGGACCAGUCCUGUUUGCCCCAUGACAUCAGGUGGGAGCUGAAUGCCAUGACCACCAACAGCAAUAUCAGUCGACCGAUCGUCUCCUCCCACGGCUAGGAGCAGUCUACCACUUCCCUCUUGUGCCUGCUGUAGUCUUCAGUGCCCCUGCCACCUCUCACCUGCCUGCCCCCUUUGGACCUGGACUCAGUUACCUCCAUGUGGAGUUGUUGGACUAGAGGUGUUUCUGUGCUGUGAAUUAAGUGGGGAGCUGGCGGGAGCGAGGGCCAAGUCCCUCUCCCGUCGGGCCGAGAGCCCCUUCCCCUUGGUGCUCUGUUCCCAUCCACCUCCCUCCAGCUUCUCCUGGUCCUCUGCCCUGCCCCAGGCUGGCCAGUAACCAGGCUCUGCUGGGAAGGGAGGCGAGUGGGGAGAAGGGAAACCCGCGCAGUGUCUGAGCCUCAGGAGCCUCCCUCUCUCCCCCUCCCCGUUCCAUCCUCCCUGCUUGAGCAUUGCCUGGCAGCUGCAGGGAGCUGCGGCAGUUGGCGCGAGACCUCCUGUCCCGGCCCCAGGAGCCAGGGUCCAGCCAAUCGCCCCACUCCUUUAUCCUCCUGAGCUGCUGCUGCACCCUGAAGCUCAGCCAGCUCAGGUUUUAUAAAAAUGAAAUGAAACCAG